CAAUAUUCUCCUGGAGGACGCUGACAUGGACGUGGACGAGCUCCUCCGGUCCGUUUGUGGCGCUGCCUCCGUCCUCGAGGUCCAACAGUUUGGCUCGGUACUGGUUCAGCGUCUGCGGUCGGCGAGGCAACGCAGAGAUGACAUCACCGCUCAGGAGAUGAAGGCCGUGAUGGACGAGAGAGACGGGUCGGUCAGCAAGUGUAAACGUUUGGAACAGGAAGUGAUGCAGGAGAGAGAGCAGAGGGCGAGCGAGACGCUGCUGAGAGAAAGGGGCGGAGCUCUGGAGGUCCGACGGCAGCUGGAGGCGGAGCUACAGGUGCUACGAGCCAAUCACAGCUCUCAGGACCUCCUCACCCCUCCUCCCUCGCUGGUCGGUGUCUCUCCACUGGCUCUUCAGGCCCCGCCCCAGCCCCCUCAGGCUCCCCCCCUGCAGGUGCAGGUGCAGCAGCUGUCGAAGGAGAAGCAGAGCGUGGAGGCGGAGCUGCAUCGCUGUCAGGAGGCGGAGCGAGAGGCCAGUGAAAGAGUCCACAGGUUGGAGCGUCUGGUGGAGGUUUUGAGGAAGAAGGUCGGGACAGGAAGUGUCCGAGCCGUCAGCUGAUCUUCAGAUGUUUCUUUAGUAAAAUUAUGAUUAUUUCUGUGUAUUUCUUUUCUCUUUAUUCUAAAUAAAUCUUUACAGCCUUAAAGUUCAUGAAAACAUGAAACAUUUGAAGUGAUUUUCUAAUGUUUUUGUCAUAUUUUGCACUAAAUAUGAAGUUUAUGAUUGAGUGCUUUCUUUUUUUCUUCAUUUGGUGUUGACAUGAAAUAAAGUGUUUAAAUAAAUGUUAAUUACAUUCACAG